GGGACGCUCGCGCUCUCCCGAGUGAGGUAUGUGUCCGUUUUGAAGUGUCCGUUUUGUUUUGGUCAUCUUCAUCGGUGAUCAGCGCAGCGAUCUAGCCAUGUGGAAGCUGCUGUGGGCGGCCAUUCUGGUGGCCGUGCUCUCCACGUGUCAUACAGAUGCAAACCGUGAGAGAAGCAAACGUGCAAUAGAAAACAGCCCACAGUUCCAGGGUUAUAAUUAUGAGCCACCAUCUAAACCUUUCACUUUACCCCCUCCAGUGACGUCACGGACAAGCAUAAUAACAUUUAGGCCAACGACGGUGACAUUACCACCAUAUACUUAUACAACUCCAAGAGUUCAGACAACGGUAAGAACGCCACCACCAAGAACAUCAACAUAUGUGGUAACACAGGGAUAUACAUAUACAACCCCGAGAACUCCAUUCCCGACACCGCCUAGAACACCACCACCGCCGCCUAGAACACCGCCACCAAGAACACCACCGCCGCCGCCUAGAACACCACCACCAAGAACACCUCCAGUAACAAGCGGAGGAUACGUUUAUACAAGUCCAAGUACAGAAUUUACAUUGCCGCCGAAAACAUCGCCACCAAGAACCGUGCCGCCACCAACUUCUCCACCGCGAACACUACCACCAUAUAUACCACCUGUGAAGACUCCACCACCAAGAACGCCACCACCAUAUAUACCACCCCCACAAACCCCUCCACCGAGAACGCCUCCACCAUACACAAGGCCCCCAUACACACCGCCUCCACAAACUCCUCCACCAAGAACGCCACCACCAUAUAUACCACCCCCACAAACCCCUCCACCGAGAACGCCUCCACCAUACACAAGGCCCCCAUACACACCGCCUCCACAAACUCCUCCACCAAGAACGCCACCACCAUAUAUACCACCCCCACAAACCCCUCCACCGAUAACGCCUCCACCAUACACAAGGCCCCCAUACACACCGCCUCCACAAACCCCUCCACCGAGAACGCCUCCACCAUAUACAAGGCCCCCAUACACACCGCCUCCACAAACUCCUCCACCGAGAACGCAGCCACCAUACACAAGACCCCCAUACACACCACCUCCACAAACUCCUCCACCCAGAACACCACCACCAUAUUUACCACCUGUGAAGACUCCACCACCAAGAACGCCUCCACCAUACACAAGGCCCCCAUAUACACCGCCUCCACAAACUCCUCCACCGCGAACACCACCACCAUAUUUACCACCUGUGAAGACUCCACCACCAUAUACAAGGCCUCCUUACACACCACCUCCACAAACUCCUCCACCGAGAACGCCGCCACCAUACACAAGGCCUCCAUAUACUGCGCCUCCACAAACUCCUCCACCGAGAACGCCGCCACCAUACACGAGGCCCCCAUAUACACCUCCUCCGCAAACUCCUCCACCAAGAACACCGCCACCGUAUAUUCCGCCUCCUCAAACUCCUCCACCGAGAACGCCGCCGCCAUAUGUACCGCCCCCACAAACUCCUCCACCAAGAACACCACCCCCAAGAACACCACCACCUCCUCCACCUCCACUUAAAACCGCACCUUCUUAUUUACCUCCACCUCCAACUAGACCUUCUUAUGUACCACCAAGGACAACAACACAAGGACCUAUAGAAUAUGAAGCUGGAUCAUUCGAUACUGAAUUUGGAAGGUAUACUACGAAAACAUCUACUCGUUUUACCACAAGACCUACGCCAAGAAUUACUACACAAUAUAUUACUCGACCUACUCCUCGAAUCAGUACGCGAGUCACUGCUCAGCCAUCUACUUACCUUCCGCCUUACUCUGAGCCAUCCACCAGAUAUAUCCCAACUGUACACACGAUUCCCACGACCAGAUACACUCCACCGACGACUGGAUACACUCCACCCACGACCAGAACUCCACCCACCUCCAGAUACACUCCACCCACGACCAGAUACACAACCUACACUCCAAUUACAACCAGAUAUACUCCAAUACAAGAUACCACUACAAGAUAUACUCCAUCUAUAAGAACGACAUUUUCGAGUAGCACGUAUAGUCAGACUACCCCUGUCUAUUCGUCGACCACUCCGUCAACUUUUACUCCAACUCGACCGCCACCGUAUCUUCCGCCGUCAAGCCCAAGACCAGUAUAUCCAACCGUGACGCCGCCGCCGCCACCUGAACCUAUUUUCAGCAUUACACCCAGCACGCCAACUUUACCGCCACCAACCGGAAGGCCUGCACCACCUCCAACACUGCCGCCUACAACACCCAGGCCAACUUUAGGAUAUAAUUACCCGAUUCCCGACAUUCCGUUUGAAACUCGCAAACGAUGAAAAUAACAUGGGCUGACAGGAGUAGCUUAUAUCGCGUUACCGAUUACCGAAAUCUUAAAUAUUAGUAUGCGUAAUAUUAAUAUUAGCAAAGAUGAUUUAAUGGCCGAUAUAGGUAACGCUGAAUCCUUCGCCAGACAUUUUGACAGUAUCACCUUUUUUAUAUAUCGAUCAUUUUGGCCACACUAUUCUCUCUAAAUAAGAAUUUGGUCGGCCAACGAACGAAUGUCUCUUUACA